GUUGCCUAGAACAAAAUUGUUUGAAAAAAGAACUGGUAUCCUAUUCAUUUUAGUCGCACUGCCAGUAAAUGUUUCUUUUCGUGCUCAAUUCAUAAAAUUAUUGACAUAGGCUCAGAUCCUUAUUUUUGUAGAUUUUGUAACGUCUAAGCUAAAUGUUAAGAGAUAUGAGCGUUUCUAAGUCAAUUAUGAUGACUUUCUGAUAUGUUCGAUCAAACUUUUAAAACUCAUUUCUAUCAAUUUCAGUUUACAGAACACAUAUGUAUCGAUGGAUUUAGAUAGAACGAGGCUGGAGAUAUGUCCAAAUUCUAAAUUAAGAUUAUCAGCGUACUAUAUUUAAAGCGGAACAUAAUAAACUUAAGAGUUAGGAAAUUAAUUUGCCGGCGAUAAUUACAAUAACGUCACAAUAUUCUGAUUGAAGUCUCUUUAUUUUGAUUUUCCUCCAUUUAGUCUUAUUAUUCACUUGUGGGUAAAUAAUCCAAAAAGGCAAUGCCUGCUUACGAAAUGUGUACAGUGUAUAGGAUAGUGUCAUUAGUAUCAUAGGUUGAUUGCAGCUCGGGGAGACAUUUAAUAAACAGGUAUAUAUGUACGCCGAAACCCCUUUCCCCUUGCGUACCUAUUCCUUUGAUUUAUAUUUGAAUCAUCCGAUACAAAGAUCUCUUAACAUAUUUAAGCGUCUCGGUACCGAAUUCCACAGAUUUUGAGGUUUCUGCUCACCGCCUUCCAUCAUGUAUGCGGACCUAACCUUGAAGUUUCAGUCUCGAAUAUUAACAGUUUCUAAGUCAUUUUUUACAUGUUAAAACAAUCGGAGGAUAGAUUCCUGAACUUUUUAUAAAAUAUUCCGCGAAUCCUUUUAAAAUUAUUUACUUUCUUCCAUAUGGUAAAAGUUGAUCACCAUUUUAAUCUUUUUUUUAUUCCAAAAAUAACGUUGUAUUAUACUUUUAUGCAAUAUUUCAGCAUUUUAAUUUAAAAAUCGAUAAGGCGACAAAAUGCGACUGGCUUUUGCCAUCGAAUAAUUGACUCAAAUUAAAUCAUAUUCCAUUUACGAAGACUGCGGUAAAAGUUAUUUCCCAAAAUAGACAUACGUGAUAAUGAUAGUAAAGACACCUGCAGUUAAACACUGAAAAUAAAAUCGAAUAUCAUUUACAGAAAAUACAAGGUGCGCCUAUUUUAAAGUUUCAUUCAUAUGUUUAUCAAAACCCAUUGCUCAAUCAAUUGAUAUUAAUAUUAGCAUAUUUCCUAAAAUUUUACUUUCGGUUUGGACGUAACAUUGUUUCAAUUGAUAAAAAUGCUAAAGAUAGGUUUUCAAAAAAUCAAGUAGCUAGUGUUAUCGCGGUAUCAAGCUUGUGUUAUCGCCAUUUUGUUGACGUCUAUAAAUGUAUGGGCUGAUAAAGUGAAUUAUGUGUGAAGCUUUCGCAAUAUUGAGAUUAGCAGUUUGGAAUCAUUUAAACACGUAUCAACUUGCUGUUCCAACUUAAAUAGUGUCGAAUCAUCGGAUAAAAUGGAUAAAAAAAGUGUAUAUAUUAUAACUUAAAUUAUGAUAAUGUAUUAAACAUAAUUCUAUAAUAUAAUUCAAUGUUUAAAUACACAUCAUUUUUGAGAAAGGUUUAACCAUUUAUAAUAGAACAAUGAAAAAUGCAGGGACAAAAACAGUAAAGGCGGAUAUAAAGAAUAAAAUAUCGUUUUUGUACAACUAUAAUUUUAGUAUGUUAACAUUUAAAAGGUUUCUUUAACAAUGAAGGCAUAAGCAUUUGAUGAAAAUCUACGAGUAUUGACACGACCAAGAGAUAACAAACAAUGAGCCGUUACCAGCGAGAUGUAAAUUGUUUUAUUCCCAUUCGACAUCCGAGUUUCAGCGAUGUCAGUGACGAAGAAUUGGAAGAAGGAGAACUAGUUUCCGUGGAUGAAGUUGACGAGAAUGAUGUAUACCAAAAGCACAUGGAGUUGAACAACGGCAAUGGUGGAACACGUGAUUUCUACGCUAAAAGCGAAUUUCAAGAAAACUUUGAUCAAAGUAAGAACAUUGCACACGUACACAGCUUCCAAUCUAGAGGGCGCCUUUCGGGCCAGUCUUUAUCACGACACAGAGGACCGUUAUCUAAAGGUAAUGGGAAUAGUAGUCGUAAGAAAGUAUGGCAGAGGCAUCCCCUUGCUUAUUCAAAUUGCAUUGGUUUUAAAAGAAAAUUUAGACAGCCCUGUAAUAACACUGGUUUUUAUAAGAAAAGGAAAUUCCGCGCUGAUACAAAACAUUUGAAUAUGACAAAGAAACGAAUACCUGUACAAACAACAUUGCUUCUUGAAAACGGGAAACCAAUCAAACCAAAGGGGCAUUAUGACGGAACAAAGCGACCGUUUUCCGUGGAAAUUAAGCACGAUGAAAGCCAAUACCAAACUCAUCCGUGUGAGGAAACCAAGAACUACGGUUACAUGGAUUUCGAGACAGGAAUUAAAGAUGAAAGAGAGCAUUUUUUUAAUGGACCGAAUUAUAAAAGAAAAACUGCAUUCCAUCUAGGGAACGUAGCGGUGACAAAAGAUUGUUUCGAAAUCCACAGCAACAACGGAAACAUCAUCUCCAUGGAUCCCGAGAUGCAGGACAAUAACCCAUCGCCGAGCCUAGAGGAAAGGCCGCUCUCAAUUGAGAAAUUAAAGACCUCAUCUGACGACUUUAAACAAAUUUUGGGCGGAAAGAUUACAAAAAUCGUCAUGGAAAGCAAUAUGGAAUUGGUCGAAUUUCAGCAUAUCUUUGAGAAAUUUGCACACCAAAAUAAGCCAUCAUUUGAGAGUAUCGAAAGCAUACGGAAAUUUAUUGAAGGAAGAUAUGCCCAAUCAGCAGUCAAAGUACACUGCCUGGGUGUUGAAAGGCCACAGCUAAAUUUAAAGAUAUGUUCGAAAUAUACCAAUGAAGUGCGAAACAGCCACGAAUGUAACGACCUACAUAUCUGCAAAUUUUAUUUAAUCGGCGAGUGCAGUAAUUCAUUUUGCAAAUUUGGUCACAAUUUAAAAACCAACCACAACUUCAACGUUCUGAAGCUCCACAACGUAGAACGCUUACAUGGGAAUGAAAUACGAAUCAUAUGUCAAGAUGUACGCAGUCGUAACUGUACAACGUUGCCAAUAGUUUGCAGGUUUUACAAUCAAGGCGGUUGCAGUAAAUGGACCAAUUGCCCUUACCUGCAUGUUUGUUCGUAUUUUAUAGAAGAUGAUUGCAAAUUUAAUUCGAGGUGCAAACGGAGCCACAGCUUACAUGACUCUCAACCACUUGACGUUCUCCGACGGCACGGAAUAGGAGAAUUUACAAACAAUCAGAUGAAGGAAUGGAUACAAAAAGCAAUCAGAGGAAAAGUCGUAAACCAUAUACCAACAAACUUGGCCAAUGAUACCGUUUAUGUAAGAGAUCCACUAGACCACCAAAACGAUUCAACCAAGCGGUACUUUCCUACCGUCGAUGUUCUGCCGUUGGAAAUGAGUGAAUCUACUUCCAGGACGAUGCCCAUUCUAAAGGAAAAUAAAAUUGCCACCAGCAACGACAAAGGACAUGGCGAUAUUGACGUAAACACCCAUAAUACAAAACUUUCGCCAUGGAUUACCAUCAAACAAGAGGAAUGUACUCACCCAAUAAAGUCCAUUUCACUACACGUGGUGAACAAUCAGGAGAUUGAGGGGUCACGACAACAAACUAUGGCUUCUUUACAUCCAGAUAAAAUGAAAACGGAAAUACCUGACACUGCUAUCCAUAUUGAUGAUGGACAAAUUGUUCAGGAAGGCAAAUCCGAUGUCAUGGGUAUAAACGAUUCCAAUAUUGAGACAAAAGCAGAACACCCAAGCAACGCUUCAGAUAUUUUUUUAACUAAAGAUGUACAUAAGAACAGGAAUGCACAAGGCGAAUUGAUCAACCAAGAUGACGACGAGGAUGAAACCAACGUAGACAAGGCCAAGUUCUUUAGCAUCAGAGUGGAUCUUGGCGAUGGCAAGCGUGAAAUUAGGCUGGAAAACGGCCAAUGGACAUCCAGAGGUCCUGAUGACACUUUUAGACCAGUAUCCGAACGAAUGGGGCAUCAGUUAAACUCGCAACUUGGUAUGCUGAAAAUGAUAAUGGGUUUCGAUGAAGAUAAUGCAUUUAACCACUAAAUGUUUUAUACCAUUCAUGAACAUGUUUGGUGAAAAUCUAAAAUAAUUGGCACAUUUGAAGCAUUGCACGCAGCACACAAGGUUAAACCACAAUUAAGGUCGAACUUCAUUUUGCUGAAGAUGUCAAAGAAUCGAAUUAAAAACUGCUUUUGUUUGAAAGUGCACUACCUGAACAAUUUCAGGAGGAUUUCAUGUUUUGAUUUGGAUUUCUUUUAUUUUAUUUUUAUUUUCUGUUUUAUACAUGGAAUAAUGACCUCAGUGUACUAACUCUACUUUUUUCUACCAUACCAGUUAAAAACUAUUGUCUGUAAUGUUUUAAGUAUCAAUUUGGUAGAAAAUGUUUCUUUUGAAUUCUGCCUAAGACAUGAAUAAUAUAUUACGUUUCGCGCGUUUAGGGCGGAAAGCAUUGUGUGGCAUGUCGGCGUUCCAUUCAAUGUAUCUUCAAUAUUCAUCCACAAAUAAAUCUAAAGUAAUGUAUUGCAAGAAAUAUUCAUACCAUUCAAAAUACAAAAAUCAAUUUUCAACUGAUAACAGUUUUCAUUCAAAUAUAGAUUAAUGGAUAUCUUCUGUUUGUCGUCUUCUAUAUGACCCAGUCUUCAUUCAUAUGUUUGAUUCUCAUUAUCUGCUUAGUUUAAACGUACUGUAUUUCGUUAUGCAAGUCCCGAUUUUUAUUUUACGUAGUAAACAUAGUAAUUAGUGUGUAAAUAGUGGUCACAGAAGGUCGUUAAUUAUUAACUUUACAUAAGGAUUUUUCAUCUAUUACUUUAUGUUUAGAGGUUAACACAUUAAAAACGUAAGCUGUAUGGUCAGAGGAGGUCACUCGUGAAUUAAAACACGACCUUUAUUUAAAACUGAAAUAAAACAUCAUUUUUAUCGAAAAGAAUCUUUUAGGUGAUAUAUAUUUUGAAAACUCUCUUACUUAUACAGUCGAAACUCGUUAUGUCGACUUUUUCGGGACCUAGUGAAAAAAGUCGAGAUAACGAAAAUUCGACUCAUCCGAAUUACAAAAAAAUAUCACCAAUCCCAACACGUGUGAGAUUGAUGUCAGAUGUUUACAUCCACAAUUGAACAGACUUGUUACAUA